UACAGUGACAAAGUAGAAACCAUAUUAUUGCUGCACCCUUCCAGCUUCAGACUUGAGCAUUGCAGUCCUCGCUGGGCAUCAUUGUUGCAACAUUCUGCUAAAUGAGAUAAAGGAGUUUUGAGAAGGUGUUAUUCCUGUCUGUUUCCAAGCAACAUCAUGGUGAUCACUUUAGGUGUGUCUGCCAUUAUCUGGUGCAUCCUGCCAUUUCAUCCAGUGCAUGCUACUAUCCAGUGUACAUACUCAAAUGAGACAACCUCACCCAUUACAAACUUGGCGGUGAAUCUGAAAAAACUAGAGCUGACUUGGGACAGCAGUCUCAAUAUUACCAAAUACCAAUGUACUCUGGAAACAAAAAACAGGUCUGCAGAAAAAGAGGUGAACAAGAAAAACUGCAUAUUUUCAAGGAGGCCUAUACAUGAAGGAGCAAUCUUUAGAGUUGAAGGAAACUAUGACAUGGUCUCAUAUUCAAGUGAAUGCACAUUUAUUCCUGAAGGUUUGAGUGGAACAUCGGUGGAAAAUUUUACCUGUAUGAUUUAUAAUGUUUCCUUCAUGAAUUGCACUUGGACUCCUGGCAGAAAUGCUCCAGAAGAUACUCAAUAUUUUCUUUACCAGUUCUCAAAGAAAGGUGAGAUGGAAUGCCAACAUUACAUAAAAGAUGCACAUGGAAGACAUACUGGAUGUAGGUUUCAAGAUGUGAUGAUAGAAGACACUGAUGCGGUUUACUUCCUGGUGAAUGGAUCCAGCAAAGAAUCAAAGAUUCAGUUUUAUGAUGAGUACAUCAAGCUCUAUAAAAUUGAACUUCUUACCGCUCCAACAAAUAUCACUAUAAACUGUACUGAAGAGCCACCCCAUUGUAUUGUGGAAUGGGAACCGCCCCAUACAAGCAAGAAAAUAGGAAAUCAUUGUUUUCUAUAUAAAGUUUGCAUACAAAGAAAACCAGCUAUGGCUGAUCCCGCAGAAAGGAGUGAUGAUUCUCCUACAAUAGUAAAUGAGAACACCUACAGACUUGAACAUUUUAAUGUGAAGAAAAAGCACUUCUUGAAAAUCAGAGCCCGUGGAAACAAUUGUCCCAUAAGUGAAAACUGGGGGGAAUGGAGUGAAACAACUGAGUUUGGUAAUGAUGAAGAAUCUAUGUCUUUAAGCAUAAUAGUUUUAAUCUUUAUACUUGGAACAGUCACAGUGGCACUGCUUGUGCUUCUUUUCUCCAGAAGGUAUUGUAAUAUGAGAAUUUUUUUCCCUCCUAUUCCACAACCAAAAAACAAAUUUAGUGAAUCUGCAGCCAUUGAUUCAAAAAUACAGAGAAAAUUUGAGACUCCACCAAUAAAAUAUGAAACUGAAGAAGUAAUAACUACUGUGGAAGAAAUAUCUCCAUUUCCAAAAGCAAACUGAAACAUUUGGAUUUCCCAGCUCAGACAAUCAAGAUACUCUUAAGGAAACUGCAAGAUAUUUUGUUUAAUUUUUAAUGGAUGGUAGAGCUAUACAUACAUAAAAUUACCUAAAACUUUAAAAACUUAUUUUCAGUUGCUUCUAAUUUUACAGUGAGCACUGGCAGAAAGCCAUGGCCAUUG